AUGGGACAGACAUUAUCUCUGACCAAAUUCGUUGGAACAGAUCGGCGCUUGAUAGCUCAGUCGUAUCCGCCAUGCCACUUAUUCGGCGACUCUGAUAUCUACGGGCUCGGGAUCCGCCUGGGAUUCUAUCUUCAGUACGCUGCAGCUAUUGUUGCUCUCUCUUCUGGCUACACAAACGGCUUGAAGGCCCUCCGAACUGGUCUCGCAAUCCUGUCCAUAUCGCUAUUUGUUACUUUGUGUACGACUUCGACUGGAAACGGGCUCAUAGUCAUCGACUGGUACAUCGUCAUGGCCCUCACAGGCCAGUAUAUCUUCUUCACCGACCUAUUCGUUCGCCUCGCUGCGGCCAGGGUCUUCUGCCUAGCCAGACUCCCGGGUCCCCUCGCCCUCAAGAAGGAGAAUCGCAAAAGCGAGGUUUCACGGCGCAGGGACACACGAGUCUCCGUCGCCGACUUGAUGAGGACGGAUGUGGCCGAAACCGUUAAACCCCGCCAGUCUACCCUCAUAGAGGCCGGGCUUGCCGUGUAUAGAACCCAUUACAGCCUCUCGGAUGUGCCAGAGCGGGCUGAAUCCGGCGUGCAGGACAGAACCGCCUUUCGACAUGCUCUCAUCGAGUUCGGCAGAGCAGCCCGGGACUGCCCAGAGGUUGCGGCGCGCUACUCGGUAGACAAGAUUGCGCGAACCAAGGCACCCGAACCAGUCGCUGACGACGAAAGAGCGGCGGCGAUUUCAGUAAACGCCACCGAGAAACUAAGCCGUCGCAUCGCCGCGGAGAUUAAGAAGGAAGCUGCUGAUGAGCGCUCGAGGGCGACCCUCGCAGAAAUCCGCGAGGCCAUGCAUGCCGUGCGCCCGCGGGAUAUGCUGGCAAUCGCCAUGAUUUCCCUUUCCAUUUACAACGACGUGUUCGCCCUCUGGCUGAGGAUCUGGGGCAUGGUCAUGUUCGCAGGCGGGGUCCUUUACUUCUCGUACGGCUUGUACCUGCUAGCCACCAACAUGUUCGCCGUUCGGAGGUGGUUUACGCGCCAGCGCCUCAGCACGGAUGUUGAGUCUCAGCGAAGCCUUCUCGAUGGAAGCUCGGCCUCGUCUAAUGACGGUGCUUCUACCAUCUCAACUACUGCGCGAAAAGACCGGAACGCUGAGUUUCCUCGCGGCAAACGGGUGACUAAACGGUGCCGCCUAUACUUCCGCAUCAUCGCGGCAUUCCAGGCUUUCAUCCUAAUUGUGAGCGCAGUCGUGGUAGAAGGGACGAUCAAUAUCAACAACCUCGAUAUGAACCGAGGUGAUUUCCGAACGUCGAGUCAGUUAAUGGCCUUUGUCGUCGGUAUCAUCUCAGCAGUCCCCGUAUUUUGGGAAUGCCUCAUCAUGGCUCCGAUGAGAUGGGUCAUGUCCAAAAGGAAGAAGUCGAACCCCCUUCCUGCGACUUGGUAUGGCCGCCCUACCCGCCUCGAGUCGGUCGAUACUCUAAGGGACCUUCCUCCUAUCCCACCAGUGCCUCCAGUUCCCCAGGAGCUGCGAAUGACUUCGGCAAACGUGACUCGCCGUCUGUCGGUGAUCUCGGGUUUUGGAAGCUGCCCCCUCUCUGCAACAAUGUGGACAAAACCAAGUGCGGACGCGACGGAGCCGAAGCUCCAGCGACAAAAGAUUCCUGGGCGCCGCAUCGCUCAGAUUGUCAAGCUCAAGCCGGAGUUUGUCGAAAAGUACAAGGAAGUGCACGCCCGGGUCUGGCCCGAGGUUUUGAAGCAGAUCAGGGACUGCCGGAUCGAGGAUUAUUCAAUCUUCCACGACGAGGGCUCUGGUAUUCUAUUCGCCACUUUCAAGUAUGUUGGCUUCGACUAUGAAGGCGACAUGGAGCGUAUGAGGGAGAACCCCAAGGUGCGGGAGUGGUGGGCGAUGACAGAUAGCUUCCAGGAGUCAUUAGUCCCUGGUGCGAAGAGCAGUGAGUCAGGGGACCCAGCUUGGUGGAAACCUGUUGAGGAGGUUUUCCAUGUGGAUUAA